GCGGUCUCUACAGAUUCACAUACACAGCUUUGAUGAAUUUAACUGUAUGACGUUAACUCUGCUACCUUAGAACUGACGUAACUAAAGCGAUGCAAUUAGGACAGAAGGACUAUUGGUCUAAUACGAGGGCUCCUGUAUAACUGUAAUUUAUUUCCUUAUACAGAUUUUAAGCCACUUUUCCCAAUCUCACUGUUUUCCCCCAGGGGUUUUGUACCAGCUGAUGUUUACCCCAUCUCCCACAACAACACGGCUGACUGAAAAUCGCUAUGUAGACAACCCUUAAGUAAUGGGAAUGUUAAAACCUCUUAGAAACGACAAAGACUUUCUUGUAAGACAUUAAUGGCCCGCAUUCUCUGCUCGGUCACCAGCGGCACCGUCAGUUUGUCGGGGCUUUUUCAGCUUUAGUUUCUCAUCUCACUUCUUUUCAUCCACCGGGCAGACCUGUCAUCGCUGUGACCCCCAUCGAUGGGCCCCAGCCCGAGCAACGGGACGGAGGGCUGGAGGAGCACAGGCUGCGCCCAAUUUCCUCCUUAAUUAGCAGCAAUUAACACCGGCUCACGGACGGGAUAAAGGCAGGGCCAGGGCCCGCCCCUAGAUGACCAUUCCGCGGAUUCCACCAUGGAGAGCUUCGUCUUUCCCCCCUUCGGCUCGUUCCAGAGCUUCAGGGGCAGCCUGACGCCCAGCCGCAGCGGGGAGCUGACGCCGAAGCAGCCGAGCUGGAAGCAGAGCAAGGGCAGCGUCCUCAGCCCGUUCCCCGUGGGGCCGCCCACCCCGGUGUCGGCUGACUACCUGGACACCUGCCGCCGGGCGCAGCUCAAGGCCUUGCUGUCGCAGGUGAGCCCGGGGCUGACGCCGCGGCUUUGCCGAGCCAACACCAAGGAAGUGGGCGUGCAGGUCAACCCGCGGACCGACGUCGCCGUGCAGUGCUCGCUGGGGCCGCGCACGCUGCCCGCCGGCCGCCCUCUCACCCCUGCCGCCGCCCGGGGCCGCCUCGCCGUCUACUCGCCCUUAAUGAACCCCCGCCUCUUCACGCUGCCUGAGGCGCACCAAGAGGAAGAAGCUGCGGCCACCCCCGAGGAGCAGAAGGCGGAGGGCGGUAGCGACGAGCAACGGGACGGCUCGGCGGAGGCUGCGGCUCCGAGCGAGACGCCGCGGGAGCCCAGUGCCGCCCCUGGGCGCCGGGCCGCCUUCCAGUUCUUGGAGCAGAAGUACGGCUAUUUCCACUGCAAGGACUGCAAGACCAGAUGGGAGAGUGCGUACGUGUGGUGCAUCUCCGGGAGUAACAAGGUGUACUUCAAACAGCUCUGCCGCAAAUGCCAGAAGGGCUUCAAUCCCUAUCGGGUGGAGGCAAUCCAGUGCCAGACUUGCUUCAAGACUCGCUGCACGUGCCCUCAGAAGAAAAGGCACAUUGAUCUCACAAGGCCUCAUCGCCAAGAGCUUUGUGGCCGUUGCAAAGGCAAGAGGCUGUCCUGUGACAACACCUACAGCUUCAAGUACAUCGUCUGAUCUCUGUGCCCUCCUUCAACUUGUGCUCUGCGUGUUGUCAGUCUUUUGUGAUGUUCUGACCUUUGGCUUUUGACCUGGCAUUGGAUAAUGGAUGAGGACUUGUUAUUUAUACAAUAUUUAACUUUAUUGUUUAUAUGCUGUAAUUAAAGUUCAAUGGAAGUUUGCACUGAUGUGUUACCUGCUUGUUUCAUCUUGCUGUGAUCAAGGAUCUAGAAAGAAACAACCUAAUUUUUUUCCACAUAGGCUUUGGUUUCAGCCUACUUUAGGUAAGGUUUAGUAUGCAGUAGCAAACAGCUUCUUUCACUCAAACUGAGCUAGGGUGUGGAGUUGUGGUAAAGGUAUCUGCAUGUUUCUUCCUCCUUAGCAAAUGAUUACUUAAUCAAUGAGCAGGUUUCUCAGAGUUUUAUGCCUGUACCUUGUAAGAAGAGUAAGCUGGUGCGUCUUCAAAAGCUUUUUGAGAUGGGUUUUCUGGUCUAUAGAUACUUCAGCUACAGGAACUAUUAUGCUACAGCUAUAAUAGCUUAAUUCAACUGAAGAGCAUUCUGGUCUUGCAGGGUAUUUCAAAGGUAGUGCAUAACUGCAUGUAACUAAUGGGGACAAAAUGCAGUCAGUGGAAUCCUUGAAAAACAUUUUAAAGAAGCAUAGUAAGAUGUUGCCACUGUUUGUGCUAUCCUAGGGCUUUGUGGGGGUGGAAGUUACAGGAGGUCUGGAAGGGAGGAAAGCUUUUCUACUAUAUGGGCAGUCAAGAACAAGCUGUGCAGGGAGGUAGUUGCAGCCCAUCAUCAGAUGUUUUCAAGACUCAAUUGGCUAAAAGCCUGAGUAACUUGACUUUGUGGCUACUCCUGUUUCAAGUAGAGGCAGGGCAAAGUGACUUCUUGGAGGUCUUCCUCCACUUCUUUCCAACUUGAGUUUUCUUGUGAUGAGGAUCCUCUUCAAAUCAAGCAAGCAAUCUGAAAAGGGUGUGGGGGGAUGUAGGGGGUGGUAUAAAGGGGGGAGGGCUUUACUGUGUUCUGAGAGUCUGGGCUGAGGUGGCAGGCUGGACAGGUUUUCUUCCUCUCUGAGCACAAGGAAGUCCAAGUCUGGAGCUAACAGGCCUGUUAUUAAUGUUUCUAACAGAAAUAAGCUUUCAUCUGCAGGUGUUUUUGUUUUCCAGUUUGAACCUGCUUCAGUCAGUGUAUUCUUAUUGAGUUCAAUAAUAAAAGGAAACAAAAUUA